UUGUUUAUUUACAUGUUUGUGUGUGUGUAUGGUCUGUUGUCAAAGUAUUUUUUACUAACUUCGUGUAAUGUCAGUCAAAGUAGAGAGUUUUCACAAGAAAAGUCUAAAUAAAGUGAAAACCAUCUCUGGCACGAAACUAUCGAUACAAAAUGCCCAAUUGCUGACAUCUUCAGGCGUACCUUCACUUGAUUAUAUUGUUGGUGGUGGCUUGCCGGUUGGAACAAUCACGCUUAUAGAGGAGGACAAGUACGGUCACUACGCCAGGCUGCUGGUCAAGUACUUCCUGGCCGAAGGCAUCGUGUGCGGGCACAGUCUCCUCGUCGCUAGUCAGGACGUGUCUCCACAGAAGCUGGUGUCGGAGCUGCCCGCCCCGGCGGGGGACGACGCCCCGCCGGAUGCCCCCGCGACCGACGAGAAGAUGACGAUCGCCUGGCGCUACCAGAACCUCCCCGCGGUCCCGUCGUCGCCCGCGGCGCCCCGCUUCGGCCGCCACUUCGACUUGUCCCAGACCAUGGCCCCGGAGCAGCUUGGGGCCGCAGACAUCUCCUACUGGCCGUGCGACGACGGGCGGUCUCCGUCGCCCGGAGGCUUCGAGAACCCGGCGUACCGGGGCCUGCUGGAGGCGGUGCGGGGGCGGAUCGCGGCCGGUGGGUUCGCCGUGUCGGCCCCCGGGGAGAAGCCCGGCGUGCUGCGCAUCGCCGUGGCCUCCCUGGGCUCCCCGCUGUGGGGGCGGAGCCCCGCCGACCUGCAGCUCUUCCUGUACUGCCUCCGCGCGCUGCUGCGCUCGGCCUACGCCGUCUGCCUACUCACCGUGCCGGCGCACCUCUUCCGGGAGCCGUGGCUGGCGGGGCGGUGCGAGCACCUGGCGGACACCGUCCUGGGGCUGGAGUCCUUCGCGGGGACGGAGCGGGCGGUCCACCCGGCCUUCAAGGACUACCACGGCCUGCUGCACCUCCGCAAGCUGCCCGCAGUCAGCACGCUGGCUCCCCCGGCGCCCGACAGCUACGACCUGGCCUUCAAGCUGCGGCGCAAGAGGUUCCUCGUCGAGAAGCUGCACCUGCCGCCCGAGCUGCAGGAGACGACGGAGCGCGAGCAGGACGACCUGGCGACCCCCUCGGGCUGCGGCGGGGGGCGGGGCGGGCCCUUCGACUUCUAGUCCCUGUCCCCGGGCCUCCUCGCUCGUCCCCGCCGGUCCAGACGCUGCAACAUGACGACCAUCACAUCUCUUCACAAAACUCAACUUAAACACAGCCCGGUUCAUGCCAUUUCCAGGUUAUUUUUUAAUGUUUAAUUUGUAGAGACAAGAGUUUAUGGUUUUAUAUCUAGCCCAAUUUAUUUUUUGAAACAGUAGAAUUGGUUGUUAUUGUUUUUUUAUAAUAGGUGUUUUGAAUUACGUGCACAACAAAAAUAGUUUUAGAAUUUAUAUGCUGCAUUUUUUACUACUGUUGGUUGGGUUUCAGCAUCUCGUUUACAGCAAUUGUCACUUUGAUCACAUGCCGAUAACCACAAGAUGCACGGCCUACCACGUUGAGUUGUGUGCAGCUCAGCAAUUUUGCUUUAUUUAACACCUGGUAUGGUCUUAGGUCAAAUUUUGCUGUCCACUUGUCAACAGCUUGAUGAAAUUUUCUAGUUGGUACUUUUUUUUUUUAAACACAAAAGUUUUCUGGAUGAAAAUUUUUUUUUACCUUUCUCAAAAACUCCUCUUAAAAAUAGACUUUAUGUCCAAAUUCCUGUAAAAUGUGUGUGGGGGCGCAUAAUUCAACGCAUACGCACACUUGUCACUUGCAGGAGGUUUGAAAGAACAGAGGAGUGGUGUUGGAGGCCGUUGAGCGGCGUCAGACGUCAAAUUAGUAUUUUUACAAUAAAACCACUCAUUUUCUUAAAAUGCCGUUGUAAAUGGACUUCUUCCAGCCACUUGCUAAAUGUUGAACACAACUCCAUGUUGGCACUUUAUUUGAUGGAGAGAGGUUGUGUAUAUAUCUUUAUAAAUCAUAAGUUUAAUUGGAAAGACAUCUACUAAAUUUUGCCACAGUGUAAGUUUAGAUGCUUUAGUAGGCUGUUGUAAAUUUCAAAUAUACAGAGUUAAAUUAAAUGACUUGCUGAUAUUUUGAAUUAUCCGCAGUAUCACUCCCAUAAUUAACGCCGAUGAUCGGGGGAGUCUACUACAGUUGGUUCACUGUUGGAGCAUGUAGAAUCAGAAAAACAAUGAACACAUCAUUUGUUGUCCGUAACUGGUGACCUGCAGAAUGUGUUUCACCUGCUAACAGUUUAUUACUAUACAUUUGGUAUAUAUGUUGCUAGUUUGUAUGUUAUAGUGAGUUGGAAUGUUUGGAACUGUCAUCUUAAAGUCUGAUCAGUUCAAAGCAUUAUUAAUAAUUUUUAUAUAAUGUGUGUAUUUUGAAGAAGUUGAAUAAAAUGUUUUAAUGUUUCUUA